AUGUAUCAGCCGAAAAUUCUGUCCUUUGUACUGUCACCCAUCUUCAUCAAGACCCUUCUUGCCACCGUCAUCAUUCUGACUUCUAUUCGUACAAUCUUUCCUUACUAUGAAGUGUCUAUCACCACGGCACUCGAACACGCCGCCACCGCCUCACCUAUCCGACCUCCAAAAGAGACCCAGUGUCUCCCGCAACUCUCCCCAGACCUCUCAGAAACCCUUCAACUUCUACAGUCAUCAUGUCGAUCUUCCCUCCACGACCCAAAAUCCCACAUUCGAAUCACCACCGUGACGGCGCAAUUUGGAAAUAUUCGAGAACACUACCAGAACGCCUUACAGUCUCACAUCUUACAUACCACGCUCCAUGGCAACGAGCUCGAAGCCAUGUGUACGCCCGUCGUUGACGACCUCUGGAACAAGCCAGCCUACAUACUAUCUCUACUACUCGACGAGAUGCUCAAACCGCCAGAAGAGCGAACGGAAUGGUUAUUCUGGGUCGACCGUGACACGAUCAUCCUCGACCAAUGCCGCCCGAUAUCGAGCUUCCUUCCACCCCGGCUGCGUAACCGAGUUGCUGCCAGCACGAAAGCCCACGCAGCAGCCCUAAAAGACGAAGAUGUACACCUCGUAGCGGCAGACGACUGGAACGGCCUCAACAAUGGCGUCUUUCUUCUCCGCGUCGGUCAAUGGGCCAUCGAGCUCUUCAGCGCCGUCAUGGCCUUCCGGCACUUCAGGCCCGGCACGGAGCUGCGAUUCACGGAGCAGAGCGCCAUGGAGAUCUUGAUCAAGGAGAAGAGAUUUAAGAAGGGGGUACGGAUGGUCCCUCAGACCUGGUUCAACUCGUAUCCUGGCAGCCUCAAGGCGUCCACGUAUCUCGAGGGGAAUGACGAGAAGGGGCUCUCGGAUUGGCAGACGAGACGCGGCGACUUCUUGAUUCAUUUUGCCGGGUUCGGCGAGGAUGACCGCGCCAAGAGCAUGAAUAGCUGGCUGGACAUGCUGGGGAAGACUCACUUUACACUUGAAGCUGGAAGAGUGCAGAGGAAUGCCACGCCGGACAUCAAAGCGUAUUGGGAAGAUCUAGAACCGGUAGAGAUACAGUGA